AUGGAAAUGAAAAGAAAAGAAAAAGCCACUUGUUAUUAUUGCUUAAUACUCUCUCUCUCUCUCUCUUUGCGUUUCCAAGAAGAAGAAGAAGAAGAAAAAAAAGCUUCAAUCUUUUUAAUAAAGCAAAGGGGGGAAUGCAAUUGGUGUAGUGAGGAAGGAGAUGGGAGGGGUGAUUCGGUGGCGGCGAAGUUCGCCUUCUUCCCGCCGAGUCCGGCGUCAUACAAGGUGGUCACCGACGAGCUCACCGGACUGUUGCUUAUAGCACCAUUCCCCCACCGAGAAAACGUGGAAAUCCACAGGCUUCCGACCCGAAGAGGCACGGAGAUCGUGGCCAUGUACGUGAGGCACCCGAUGGCAACCUCCACGCUCCUCUACUCCCAUGGAAACGCCGCCGAUCUGGGACAGAUGUAUGAGCUCUUCAUCGAGCUUAGCAUCCAUCUCAAGGUUAAUCUCAUGGGAUACGAUUACUCCGGGUAUGGACAAUCAAGUGGAAAGGCGAGCGAGCAUAACACGUAUGCUGAUAUCGAAGCUGUUUACAAGUGUCUAGAAGAAACCUACGGCUCUAAACAGGAAGAUGUGAUCCUCUACGGCCAGUCUGUAGGGAGCGGUCCGACAUUAGAUCUUGCUUCCCGGUUGCCUCACUUGAGAGCCGUCGUACUUCACAGCCCCAUUCUCUCCGGUCUUAGAGUUAUGUACGCCGUCAAGAAAACCUACUGGUUCGACAUCUACAAGAAUAUCGACAAAAUCCCAUAUGUGGAUUGCCCGGUUCUCAUUAUUCAUGGAACUUCGGAUGAAGUAGUGGAAUGUGGACAUGGGAAACAACUAUGGGAGCUGUGCAAAGACAAGUAUGAGCCGCUUUGGGUGAAAGGAGGGAACCACUGUGAUCUUGAACUCUACCCUGAAUUCAUCAAACACCUCAACAAGUUCAUCGCAACAGUUGAGAGGUUACCUUGCCGCCAGAGCAGCGACCUGCAAUCAGACAAGGAUAGGAGAAAGAGCGUAGAGAAGCCGAGGCCGAGCACGGAGCGUAAGCCGCCAAAGAAGAAGAGUAGCAGCAAGCUGAUGAGGAUCUCUUCUGAUCACCAUCUCAAUCUCAAUCUUGAUCGGUCCAGGAGGAGCGUUGACUGCCAUGACAACAAGACUCGUAAGAGCGUUGACCACUCCCAUCAGGUUGAAAGGGGCAGGAAGAGUGUGGAUCGCUUGGAUCUGGAUAGAGUUCGCUCCGAGUAACACGAAUUAUUUAUUACUCAUAUCAUAAUAUAAUACUUGUAACUAUCUUAUCAAGUACAUAACUCUUCUUCACAUGUACGAACAAACCAAACUGUGCUCCUUGUAUUUGAUUUGUAAUUUUUAUCAACAGACAACCUAUUU